AUAAUGGCUUCUCGGUCCACAACAAUCGCCUUCAAACGAACUGGCGAUGCGGAAGAAGAAGGAAAACCUCCCGAGCAAGGCGACGAUAACGGAGAAAAGCAAGAAGCUCCGAUCCUCCGACCUGACAAUGAAGCCAAGGAUCUUCCAUUGAACACUUUGGGUAAUCAAACUUCACGAGAACAGCAAAAUACAAAGGAAAAGCUCGGACAUCGACGAAUUGACGAACAGGGUGGAGUUUCGUACAAAAAAGUACCCACGAAUGCUUUGAUGCAGGCAAUUCAACUAGGAAUUUCUAAUUCGAUAGGAAGUCUGGCGUCUCUUCCAAAUCGAGAUGUUCUUCUACAAGAUUUUGAAAAAGUAGAUAUCGUUGCUUUCCCAGCAGCUGGUUCCACAAUAACCCCAUCCCAUUCAUUCGGAGAUUUUCGAUUUCGAACGUACGCUCCAAUUGCUUUUCGUUAUUUUCGAAAUUUGUUUCACAUAAAGCCUGCUGAUUUUUUAAGAUCAAUUUGUACAGAGCCAUUGAAAGAGUUAUCAAAUGCUGGAGCAUCCGGAUCGAUAUUUUACGUGUCACAAGAUGAUCAGUUUAUUAUAAAGACGGUUCAACACAAAGAAGCGGAUUUCUUGCAAAAACUUUUGCCCGGUUAUUACAUGAAUCUCAAUCAAAAUCCACGAACUCUUCUCCCAAAGUUUUUCGGUUUAUUCUGUUAUCAAAGUCUUGGAAAGAAUAUUCGUCUCCUCGUGAUGAACAAUUUACUUCCACAAACAGUUACAAUGCAUGAAAAAUAUGAUAUGAAAGGAUCAACGUACAAACGAAUGGCCAAUAAAGCAGAACGAGCAAAACCACAUCCAACUCUCAAAGAUUUGGAUUUUCUCGAAAAUCACAAAGAUGGAAUUUUCAUUGACCCAACUGCGUUGGAAGCAUUAAUGAAAUCAAUUAGUAGAGAUUGUUUAGUGAUGGAAAGCUUUAAAAUUAUGGAUUAUUCACUUCUCGUUGGUAUUCAUAAUGUCGAAUUAGGAAUUAAGGAACGAGCCGAACAAAAUCGAGAAUCUCAUCCGGCUCCGUCCACGUCAAGUGACACAUUUUCUGGAGAAAAAGCUGAAAAUCAUAAAGUUUUACAAGAAAAGUUCAGUGUAUGGGAUACCGGAGAUGGAGAUGUACCACAUGGAGGAGUACCCGCAAGGAAUUCGAACGGAGAUCGACUUGUUCUUUAUUUAGGUAUUAUUGAUAUUCUUCAAAAUUAUCGACUAUUGAAAAAGAUGGAACAUACGUGGAAAGCAAUUCUUCAUGAUGGGGACACAAUUUCCGUGCACAACCCAAACUUCUACGCAUCUCGAUUUUUAACUUUUAUGACCGAAAAAGUUUUCAAAAAGGGAACAGCUCUGAAACAGUCGCCAUCUCGUAGACGGAUGUUAAAAGGAAAUAGUCAUGAAGAUGAUUCAAUUGUUAUUGUAAGCAGUGGACAUCGACAACAUCGAGAAUCUGAACGAGAUGGAUUGAAUAUGACGGUUACAGUAACCGAUGGAGCGAGUACAUCAACACCACGGGGAGAUACCACACAAUUUGGAUCUCAAACAGCACGAGAAUCUACUAGACUAUAUAAUAGAGAUUCUACAGGAAUCAAUGAGGAUCGGGCAAAUUCGGCCCGUGAACCUCCAUCGUCCAUGUCACGAGUACCUCUUCGAAGGUCUUACCGAGAUGCAGGACAAGCUAUGAGUGCUGAUAAGAAAGAGAAGAAGGUAGAACGAUUAUUCGCGCAGUCAAAACCAACCGACGAAAAAGUGCCCGAAGAACAGGAAGAAGCAGAGGAAAUUGUGAGUGGUGACACACCUGUCGCUUGAAGAAAGAUGCUUCUUCUUCAUCUUCUUCUUCUUCUUCUGGUCUUUCCAUCUUUCCAUUUAGACUCGAUUAUAGUUCUAUUGCAUCCACCAUUGCCGUUCAUUCUUCUUCUUCCGACAUAGUCUUCAGUUUCAACCAAAAUCUGCCAAUGUUCCUUUCAAAACGAUUGUGCCCUUUUCUCAUCGAGUUGUGAAAUAAUAUAAAUUUUUUGUUUCUUUUUUUCACUAUUUUUCCGCUUCCAAAUUCAAAUUUGGCUUUAGUUUCAACUUUCCAACAUUCGGAAUUUUCCAGUCAAGACCCGACCCUCCUUCUCUCCACGAAAUUGUGAUUGAUUUGUCCCCCUCGCCGAUUAGUAUCCACCCGCAAUAAAAUUUUAUAAUUUAAAAUUAUUUAUGCUACAAAAACUAAUGUAUCUAAUUUAAUUUUUUUAUCUCUUCCCUCUUAUCUUUGCCUCGAACUUUUUUGUAAUUUAUUAUUUUUCAAUUUUUCAAAUCCCCUCUCCAACCACCCCGGCUUUCUUCUCAUCGAUGUUUUACAGACGAAAUAAAAAGAUUUUCCAACUUAAA